CUCCAGCUAUAAAUAGCACCCAAAGCCCAUCUCAUCUGGCCAUCCAGAGCACAGAAGCUCUCUUCUCUACUUGUGAGUUUCAGAGCACUGUGCAAGAAGAUCUGUUGGGUCACUUCGCUCCCAUGGCGGCUUCCAUGGAUGGUCGCCUCGUCCUCCUCACCUGCCUCCUCGUCGCUCCCCUCCUCCUCGCCGGCGGCGUCCAUGGCCACCCGUGGGGCGGCCUGUUCCCGCAGUUCUACGACCACUCGUGCCCCCAGGCGAAGGAGAUCGUGAAGUCCAUCGUGGCGCAGGCCGUCGCCAGGGAGACUAGGAUGGCGGCCUCGCUCGUCAGGCUGCAUUUCCAUGACUGCUUUGUCCAGGGAUGCGACGCCUCUAUACUGCUGGACAACAGCACCGGCAUCGUGAGCGAGAAAGGGUCCAACCCCAACAGGAACUCCGCCAGAGGAUUCGAGGUGAUCGACGAGAUCAAGGUCGCCCUGGAGCACGCCUGCCCCGGCACCGUCUCCUGCGCCGACAUCCUCGCCCUCGCCGCCCGCGACUCCACCCUCCUUGUUGGCGGCCCCUACUGGGACGUGCCGCUGGGGCGGCGGGACUCGCUGGGCGCCAGCAUCCAGGGCUCCAACAACGACAUCCCGGCGCCCAACAACACCCUCCCCACCAUCAUCACCAAGUUCCGGCGCCAGGGCCUCGACGUCGUCGACGUCGUCGCGCUCUCCGGCGCCCACACCAUCGGCCUCUCCCGCUGCACCAGCUUCCGGCAGCGGCUGUACAACCAGACGGGCAACGGCAUGGCCGACUUCACGCUGGACGCCUCCUACGCCGCGCACCUGAGGCAGGGCUGCCCGCGCUCCGGCGGCGACGACAACCUCUUCCCGCUGGACCUCGCCACCCCCACCAAGUUCGACAACUAUUACUUCAAGAACCUCCUCGUCGGCAAGGGCCUGCUCAGCUCCGACGAGGUCCUGCUGACGAAGAGCGCCGAGACGGCGGCGCUCGUCAAGGCCUACGCCGCCGACGUCAACUUCUUCUUCCAGCACUUCGCGCAGUCGAUGGUGAAGAUGGGCAACGUCUCGCCGCUCACCGGGGCGCAGGGGGAGGUCAGGAAGAACUGCAGGAGGCUCAACGGCAACCACUACUGAUCAGGAGGGCGCUGCUUGACCGUUUUAUUUGUGGAGAGUGUUGGAUUUGUAUGUUGGUGUUGAUGUUGAUGACAUGUUUUGAUUGAAUAAUCAUGAACGGCUUGACGCCCGAUUAAGCUGCUAACCAGCAGCAUGACCGGGGACUGCAAAUGCUUUUCAUUAUAGUGUAAAAGAAAGAAUGUUCCAUUCGAUGCGUGAAAGCCGGGAUAAAUGGAAGCUUGUUCUUUUCUGUC